AUGGGUCCGACCACAAGACUCUCACCAUGGCUGGUGUUGGCAUGUGCUGUGUCCAGUGCGUGGGCGAAUAAAAAGCUGUUCAACAUUAACGACGACAUCCUCGCUUAUCCCCAAUAUCAAGUGACUUUUCCCGAAGAAUAUGUCCUUGAAGCCCAGGCCGACGCUUUGCUCCAAUCGCAAGCCAGCCCCGACGCAAGACAACCUAAUAAUGACCAGAACAACCCUCAGCUUUACAUGGGCAAGGAGCGAAACGAAUUUUCCGAUUUUCCUCAAGAGGAGGUAGAUCUAACUCCAUUCGCAUAUGAAGAAAUGAUCCUUGAUGAUCGACGACUUCUCUGCCAGAUACCGCUUGUCACAAAAGACGACCGCAAUACGACAAGAGACAAAGGUGACAGCAAAGUCGAAGAGCAGAAGGAACUAGCUCGUGCAACAGAUCGUGGUCUGGAGCUUCUACGCGAGAUGGAAGGCAAAUGCUUGUACUAUUUCUCCGGCUGGUGGUCCUACUCUUUCUGUUACCGAAAGCAGAUCAAGCAGUUCCAUGCACUCCCUGUCGGUCGUGGUAUCCCCCACUAUCCACCGAUUGAAGACACAACAACCCAUUCUUUCAUAUUGGGAAGAUUCAUCGGGGGCAAGGGCGAGGAAGAUCAACAACCUGGCAAAACCGAUGUGGCAGAGCUUCAUGCUAAGGGUGGCUCACGAUACUUGGUUCAGCACCUCCGUGGUGGGACCAAAUGUGAUCUUACUGGACGCGAACGCAAGGUAGAGGUGCAGUUUCAUUGUCACCCGCAGUCGACAGAUCACAUCGGGUGGAUCAAGGAGCUUGCAACGUGCUCUUAUCUGAUGGUCAUCUAUACCCCUCGCCUAUGUGACGAUAUUGCUUUCUUGCCACCGCAGCAGGAUGAGGUGCAUAACAUUGAAUGCCGCGAGAUUUUGUUACCUGAAGAAGUAACUGAAUGGGAAGCUAUCAAGGAGUGGUACAUAGUUAACCAACUGGCCGACGCAGCCACCGAUACUGACGCCGCCCAGCCUGAACUUCAAAUUGUCGGGGGGAUCGAGGUCGGAGGUCGAAAGCUUGUCGGUAUGGAGGGCAAGCAAAUUGAAAAGGGUCGAGUAGCUUCUGCAGGUGAGGAACGUGUGGAGGUGGUUGUGAAACGCGAGAAUGGUGAAAUUCGCAAAAUCUCCAAGCAAGUUCUGAAGAAGUAUGAUCUCGACCCCGAGAAGGUGGAAGACAUGAAGAAGUUACUGGAUGAGCAAGCAGAUGGCAAAGAUUGGACGCUUGAAAUCGUGGAAACCAACGGCGUGAUCAUGUUCCAAGGCAAACUCGCCGAGGAUGAGGAUUGGGACGAUGAUUCGGCUUCGAAGAAAUCGCCCCAGGAUGCGGCAUCUCGAGAUGAACCGCCUACAGGCCAUAAAUCGAAGCAAGAAUCCGAGCCAGCUGAGGAGCGCAAACCGGCACGGCAGUCUGAGGAGUCUGAAGGCGAAGGCAGUGAGACAUUCAAAGAUGAGCUAUGA